AUGUUAGAUGACGACAAAGAAAGUUCUGGAGAAAGCGUCAUAGGAGAGGAAUUAUUUGGAGUUGACGAACAUGCUGGGGAUGUUGGAGAAGGGUUUGAUUCUGGAGGCGAUGGAAUAUUAUUGUUUUUGUCGUUUGUUGAAUCAGCAUCUUCCAUACAAAAGUGA